AUUUUUAGCGGGAAAUCGCUGAAUCGGAAAAAAACAACAAGCUGAUAAAUCCUUUGAAAAUUUCAAAUUUGCAAUAAGAUUUGAAAUCUAGGUCGCAAUUUCGAAUUAAUGUGUUUAAUAUCAGGAAAAUUUCCCAAGUUUGAUACAUAAACCAAAAAGCAUCUUACAAUUCAGUUGCUCUGAGAGCUAUGAACAGUUUCACUCAACCUACAGGUAUGGCAUCAAUAAUGAAUUCGGAUCUCGACGUCAAGUUUCACGAUGAAUCAACAUUUUGCUCACCCAAACCAACGGUUUAUCAUUCGCUGAAAUGUCCAAUAUGCUCUCGUCAUUUUGAUAAUGAAGAAACCUGUUUCGAGCAUUUCUUGGACUACUUUGAACAUUCUCAGCAUUUCUUAUUCAAUCGAUGUAAUUUGGUUUACUGGUUAAACAACUAUGUUCGUUUUCAAUCGAAAAAAGUUACCAUGAAUGUAAUACCGGUGGCGUUGAUGGCAAGUGAUGAAAACAUGAACCGUUUAAAGUGUGCUGAUGCUGAUAACGAUAAAGGGCCAACUUAUCAAUGUGAAAUAUGCUUCGAAUCGUACGCAAAUGAAGAUCAACUUGGAGUUCAUUCUUUCAUGCACUUGAAACUGAAAAUUCCUACGAUUGAUUCUCAACUACGGUGUCCUCUAUGCGAGAAGUAUUUCUGCCACGAAGAGUCUUGUUUAGCUCAUAUUUUUACACAUAUGAAGAUACCCUUCGCAGAAGCAGUCCCUGUGAAAAUUAUGAUUUCUCCAUCUCCGAAAACUGUGCGAUUGGUCAAAGAAUGGCUUAUGAUCUUCUUCUCUUCGAAAUUGUGUAUGAAAGUAUUGGCCAAGUAUUGCCGCUACCAAGAACGACUGAACUCGCCUUUGCUAUCGAAAAUUCUUCUGUCAGAAAUUGAGACUUUGAAGAGUUGUAAAUUUUGCAAAAAAACCGUCACUUCUGUUUUCGAUUUGUUGGAUUAUCAUCGUGAAUGUAAACCGAAUUCCAGUAUUUUUAUUAAUCCUAUUUAUUGCGUUUUAUGUAACUUUAAAGCUGCCGAGAUGGAUACUCUGAUAUUGCAUUUAUUCUCUGAUCAUAUAGCUUGUUACUGCGGUUACGCCGGUGACGAUUUUGAUUCAUUUUUGAAACACUCGGAUGAGUGUGCAGCUCACAAGAAUGGAGUAAUUUGUCCAUGCUGUCGUACUAGUAACUUCGUCACUGAAGGAGCGUUCAAGGAGCAUAUCGAAGGGACAAAAAUGAAAACGUGUGGCACUCUGUUGAAGAAAAACAAAUGGGUAUGCCUUAUAUGUAAAGCACAAUGUUCACAGAAAGGUAUCUUCGAUCAUAUUUUCAUGAACCAUGUAAGCUGCCUGUGCGGUUACAAAAGUGAAAAUAUGAAAUAUUUCUUCCAACAUACCGCUCAAUGUGUAAUAAAGAAAAGAUGCAUUUUUUGCCCCAUUUGUAAAGAAGUUGAAUGCGCCACCGAAGAUAUUCUCCAACAACAUUUGUCCUUUUGCACGUGGAAGAAGGAAGACCAUGAAGUUAAAAAAAGAAAAUAUGAGCAUGUAGUCGUUGAAAAAUUUUCAACCGAUAAGAAGACAAAAUUUAGUCUUGAUUUAAACUACGUUAAUUGUCGUUCUCAAUGAACAGAUCUUCGCGUUCUUAUAUUUUGCAAUGGAAAUUGUUUCAAAAUUAUUUUUCCUGAGGUUGUAUGUACAUUGGAGGUUCAUUUUAAGUAUUUUAAAAUUAGUAUUUCGUUGUAGAGUUAUUUAAACAUUUGAAUUUAUUUUUAUUUUGUCCAAAUUUUAUUUCUCAUUUUCCUCGUUGUGUUAAAAGUAGCGAUCAAUUUUGUGUUUUAUUUUAGAGAAUUCAUUUUAAAUACGUACACAACUUAUUGUUGUGUGGUUGUAAGCUUUUAAAUAUUUUUAAUUUAGGUAAGUUAACACCUUUUUGCGGAUGAAAUUGAUUUUGUGUUCAUUAAAUAUUAUUAUACUUAGCUACAAUGUUGGAUUUCUUAUUAUUGAUAAUAUUUUCGGUUGAUAUUUAUACUUGAGUAGGUAACUAUAACCAGUGGAAUUAUUUUGUUUGCGUUUUUAUUGUUCAUGGUGUUCAUGUUAUUGUUUUACAACGGUUGUAAUUUUUAUUGUGCAUAUUGAACGACUUACUAUUGAUGUGUUUUUAAAUAAAUGCAUUAUGCGAGACCUUA